AUGAGUAGUUUGGAUAAGAAGUUCGGUAACCAAGGGAGGCACUUGCUACAGCUUGAAUACGAUACUAUCAAUCGGAAAAGAGAGUUUCCAAUUCCUACAGAAUUAGAUUAUUUAUUCCAUGAUAUUGAACAUUGUAAUUCGUUUGAGACACCACCCGAUAAAAUCAUUUCAUACUUAGUGAAUUAUUAUCCAAAGUUAAAAAAUAAAGAGAAUGUUGAGUUAUUGACUAAGGUCUUUUUGAAAUGCCCUGUUUUUUUUCAAUCCUUCCAUUCGGUUACAUUGAAUAAUAGCUCGAAGAUAGUUAACGCCUUUCACUUCAUUUUAUAUGAAAAGUUCAAAAUUACAAACCCAACUGUAAGCUUUAUCGACUUUCAAUCGUCAAUUUAUACAGCUAUGCUUGCAACUCUUCAGGAUGAUCCUACAUCGUAUUGGAAAAUAUUACCUGUUUUGGCUGGUUGUAUUUCUUCGGUCAAGUCUAUGAAUAUGUAUAAUUCCACCCCGGAGUAUAACAAUGUUAUCAAAAAAUUGAACCACUUAUUUUGCCAUAUGUUCAGUGAUCUUUACAUUCAUUUGAAUAUUACUCCAUUGCCAUUAGAGAUAAGUUAUUCUUACUUAAUCAUUCUUUGUGCUGCUCAGGAGAAUAUGAGCGAUGCUUUCUAUCGGAAAUUACUAAAUACUAAUCCAACGUUGUUAUCGGUGGUUACUUCUUUGAUAUUUUACUCGACUGAAGGUUUAAAAGAAGGUUCUGUAUUAUUUUCACCAAAUACUUACAACAGCUUGGUACAAAAAUCCCCUGUUAUAAGAAACAUGAAUAGAUUGGUCUUUCUUUACGGAAGGUUAUGUAGAGGUAUGCCUCAAACAACCAACUCACUCUAUCAAAUAUAUAUGUCUCUUGGUUGCAUUGUUUCGUUUUGCUUGAAUAUCUCUAAUGAAGAAUUGGAGAAUUUAUUGCACGAUACCAAAUGGGAUUUAGCAAAGUACACCUUUUUUUCAAUCGUCAUAGUUUUUGAGCAUUCUACUGCAGCAAUAAUUUCAGGCAAACACGGCAUCAACAAAUGGUCUUCGGACAUUGCAACUCAAGUUCUAUUUUGUUUUUUCCAGCUAUCGUUUAUUCUUGAUCAAAUUGGAACAGGAGGUUUUGACUCCUAUAACUUUGCUUUCAGUUCAGCAACUAGUUUCUUAAAUGAAAACGAUCAUGAAGCAGCUAAUUCUCUCGCUCAGUCGAUGUUGAAUAAUCUACCAUCUACGAAAACCCAACUAUCUGGGAAUGGGACUUCCAAAUUGAAUUUUUUCCUCAGGACGGUGGAAGUUCUACUCCCAUCAUUGAAAGAGUCUUUCAAGAAAAUGGUGUUAUUUCCUCUGAUAGAUAGAGUUAUGUUUAAUGGCGCACCAUCAAGUAUAGAAUUUUGUCACUCAAUUAUGAUUAAACGUUUAGGCAUGUCCUCCGCAGAAGAAAUAUCGAAACUGCAAGAUAUAAUAUAUCCGUACUUUGGACAAGUUCUUAUACAAUUUCCUAAGGUUCUAUCGUUGUCUCAAACUACGCUAAUCGUCGAAACCUGCGGGGGAGUACUACCACCGGGAACCUCACAUUUUAAAGCCGUUUUGUUUGAUCUAGUUAAAUUUCAGAUUUCAAUGUCAGGGUAUUCACCUUUACCAGCAAGAUCAGUUCAGCAGAAUGGGAAAACCAUUACUAUCCCAGAAAAGCUACAUACAAGGAAGUCGGGACUUGUGUCUUUUCUUAUAAUUAUGCUAAGAUUUGUAGAAGUGGAUGAGCUUAUUUUGAGAUUGAAUGAGGUAAAGAAAGAGAUAGAUAUGCUAGUAGGAGAACGAGAUAUUUAUAAGCUAUAUGAUAUUUUAUGGGAAACGAUACUUGUCAUUAAUAAAUUUGACACACAGGUUGGACAAAUGGCUAUAUCAUGGUGGUACGAAACAGUAAACAGUGGACAGGUUCCAAAAUUAUAA